AUGAAGUUGGAGAAGAAAGAAGAACGCUGCGAAGAAGAUAAGUACAUAGGGAACUCGUCGAUGGAAGUUGUACGUACCGUGACGGAGGAAGAGGUUGAUGAGUUUUUCAAGAUACUACGGAGACUGCACGUGGCGACACGGAAGGUUACGAGAGUUAACGGCGGUGAAGGUGAACGAGAGUUACCGUCUAAGAAGAGGAGACGGAGUGAGAGUCUUGGGUUGAGGAGCUCGUUGGAUACUAACGGCGUUCAAGACGGAGAGUUAGAUGGGAUAAAGCGGGUCGGGUUACGGAAUUUGGGUUUGGAUCUGAACUGUUUACCGGAACCAGAAGCAGUUAAAAGUUAA